AUGUCUGCAUUUGCUGACUUUGAUUUGGAAGCAGAGGGGUCGGACGGCGCGCGCAAAUGCAUUUCUUGCAAGACUAGCACAGGAAGUACGAUCCGUUGUCCGUUCUGCUUACGCUGGUGGCAUGACAAAUGUGCGCAAGACAUGUUGCGCCGCUGUGCAGAGUCGAGAUUCAUUGACAACUUCACUGCUGUCGAGAGGGAGUUGAUCCGGUCCUUGCAAUUGCACAGAGUGCCGUCUCCGAGCAAUCGCGAUUGGUGGAAGUUGCUGACUGAUAGCGUCAGUUGUGUGUCUAGCAGUGCAGCUUCUUCGUCAGAGCAGUCGGUGACUCAGUGUGCUCGCAGUCUCACGCCUCAUUGA